CGCCGCGCCGGGCCGCGUUGCGCUGUACGAGCCCGAGAUGUGCGCCGCGUCCCGCGUCUCCUCCGUCCCCAAAACGCGCCCUGUCCGUCGGAAGGUUCCAGACGCGCCCGACAAGACCGUGUCAAAGAUCAGCGACCAGCUGAACCCGCGGACCGUGGACCCGUUCGGCAAGUCGGGAAAGACUCAGUCAGCUUUUGCGGCUGUGUAUUCAAAAGGAGACAUACCCUGCAGGCUCAUGCACGGGUCCGUGAAGCACAAGUUACAGUGGCAGACUCCGCCAGAAGAAAUAGAUUUUAAUCCUCUUCUUGUGAUUCUUGCUGAGGGCUUGAGGGAAACCAAACACCCCCACACUUUCGUGUCCAGCGAAGGCUUCAGAGAGUUACUGCUGGUAGAGGGCGCGACAGAGAAAGCCACGCCUCUCCUUCCUAAGGUGGUACCUGCCCUCAGAGCAUCUCUGGCACAUUCGGACACAGAGGUCUUUGUCAGGGGCCUAAAUGGGCUCAUUCAGCUGAGCGCCACUGUUGGUCCUGCCUUGAAUGGCCAUCUGAAGCAGCUACUCACCUGUCUGUCAAAGAGACAGAUGGACAAGAAGCAUAAGGAACGGGUAACAGCCGCCCUGCAAACCCUGGAGGAAAACGGAGGGAAGGAGUGUCUCGCGAUUAUAAAAUCUCGAGUCCCGACGUACAGUCCUGCUUUUUUCUGAAGAUUUUCUGUAUUUUUAAAUUAAGUAUAUUUAGAGUAUUUAUCAGUGUUGGAAAGCACCAGUGUAGCACUCAUCACACCUGACUAUUUGGGCAACAUAUUAGUGGUUUGAUCAUUUAUUCUUAUGUGUAAUUAUGUGAUUUUUGUUAUAUUCACAUUCAUUAUGUGCACAGAAUAUUCUAUGAAUAUAGACUGAAACUGUAAAAAAAGAGAUUUUGAAUGCUCUAUUGCAGCUGAUUCAGUCUUUACACUGUAUGUUAGCUUUGUUCUGUUUUUUUAUACAUCACAUAUCAUAAUUUCCUUCCAUUGCAUAUGAUUUUGUACAUUAAUAGCACAAAUGUGCAGAGCAUUCCCAUUUCACCAGCAGUGUCUAUGGGAGUCAGUGGUUCUGCAUCUGAACUGCAGCCUUAUAGUGUGCUGUAUUUUACAAUGAAUGAGGUGAUAAGUUAGGAUUUUGUUGAAAUUUUUUAAUGAUGAAAAUGAAAAAGAUUUUAUUAGGUGACCCUUGUAAUUUAUACCAUCAGAAUAUAUUGUAUGUAAUUUUUUAAUUUCAAUCCAUUAAGAACUACUUGGGCAACAGGUGGCGGGGUUGGAAUCACAGGACCCAGGUUUGAAUCCCUCCUCCUGCUGUAGUACCCUAGAGCAAG